AUGCUAGAGACAGACGAUCGAGCAUUGUUAUUGCCAAGGUUUCCUGUUAAAUGUGGCAACGUGCGCAUAAUAGAUGAAGCUGCCGCCCAAAUCGACGGCUGGAAUUCGCCAGACGAGGUUUUUUCCGGACACGGAGGUAAAUACGCGACAGUAUGCCGAGCAGUUCACAAGAAAACAGGCACACAUUAUGCAGCAAAAUUCGUAAAAAAGAGACGCAGAAAUCAAGACCAGAUGAAUGAAAUCAUACAUGAAAUAGCCGUACUGAUGCAGUGUUCCUCCACAAAUAGAGUAAUUCGGUUACACGAAGUAUACGAAUCUCUCACAGAAAUGGUUCUGGUGUUGGAAUUGGCCGCGGGCGGAGAACUCCAACACAUCUUGGACAGCGGUCAGUGCCUGGGAGAAAUGGAAGCUCGCAAAGCCAUGAAACAGAUCCUCGAGGGAGUUUCGUACUUGCACGACCGCAACAUUGCCCAUCUCGACCUCAAACCUCAAAACCUACUACUCUCGGUGGAGGACAGCUGUGACGACAUCAAGUUGUGCGACUUUGGUAUUUCAAAAGUUCUGCAACCUGGUGUUACAGUGCGGGAAAUUUUAGGUACUGUAGAUUAUGUAGCACCCGAAGUGCUUAGUUACGAGCCCAUAUGCUUAUCGACUGAUAUUUGGUCUGUGGGAGUCCUGGCCUACGUACUUUUGUCCGGUUUCAGUCCGUUCGGAGCAGACAGCAAGCAGCAGACGUUCUUAAACAUAUCCAAGUGCUCGCUGAGCUUCGAACCUGAACACUUUGGCGACGUAUCGAGUUCGGCCAUAGAUUUUAUCAAGGGCGCUCUUGUGGUUGAUCCAAGAGAGAGGCCUACGGUUCACGAACUCCUCGACCAUCCGUGGAUCUCGCUGAAGUCCAACCUAGCGCCCGUCCUCGCCCUGCCCACGGAUCCGAAUCCCAUCACCCCGAAAUCGACGCCGAUCAGCCAGCGAAAGAGCUUCAGCUGCAUAACGACGACGACGACGACGGACGGACCAUCGCCCAAAUCCAAAGACUUUCCGUCGCAUAAGCGCAACACUUUGAACGGGUCCUUUCCCGAACCCGGCGUCCGUACGUACACAGUCACCGCUAACUGUCUUUGUCCGCAGUGCGGGACGGCGUGCAGACACCUGUCACACCCGCCCGUCACCAAGACAACCAUCACCAUCGACCGGGGCAUUCUGUGUUAGUUAGUUCUUAUCGGUCCGGUGUAUGUGUCCGCCGUGCCUUUUGUUGAUACUUUGGAGCUGUUUUGAUUUGGCCACUAGAUUAUUUUUGUUCAGAGUGAUUGUUCGAUAUGGAGAAGUUGCUUUCCAGAUAUUUCAUUCCGUGAUUCAAUAAAAACCCGUUAACUAAAUGUGAUUACAUAUCACACGUUUGAAUAUGUAAAAUUAAUAUUUUACUAUACAUUUCACGGAACCAUAAAUUUGUUAAAUUGUUCAGAAGAAGUGUUGCCUUUUGAUUCUACAAAUUGAGGGAACUUCCUCAGAAUUAAUCUACAGCAGUACUUUGACAACAUUCAUUAAGUGAAACUGAAUACUUUAACUUUAAAUACAUAUCAAUAAAUUAUACAGAGUGGUAUCCGAACUGUAUUCCGGAAUCUUUGGCCGCAUAUUCUGUAGAUAAAAAUUAGUAAAAUGUUCUUAUAAAUGUAUGUCCUAAAAUGCUUAGUU